GUUUAUCCGUAAGCAGGGUCUGGACCGUCUGUUUUUCGAAUGCGACACCCACAUGUGGAGACUGGGCGACCGUAAAAUCGCAGAAGGCAUCUCUGUGGAUGGAGGGUCCGACUGGUUCCUCCUCAACCGCAUGUUUGUGGAAUAUGUCAUCAACUCAAAGGACGACCUGGUCACCAGCAUGAAGCGCUUCUACUCCUACACUCUGCUGCCGGCCGAGUCGUUCUUCCACACAGUGCUGGAGAACAGCGCCCACUGUGAGAGCAUGGUGGAUAACAACCUGCGCAUCACCAACUGGAACCGCAAACUGGGCUGUAAGUGCCAGUACAAGCACAUCGUGGACUGGUGCGGCUGCUCCCCCAAUGACUUCAAGCCUGCCGACUUCCACCGCUUUCAGCAAACGGUGCGGCCCACCUUCUUUGCCAGGAAGUUUGAGGCCAGCGUGAACCAGGAGAUAGUGAACCAAUUGGACUCCUACCUGUACGGAACCUUCCCCCAGGGGACGCAGGGCCUGAACUCCUACUGGGAGAACGUUUACGACGAGCCCGAUGGUGUGGCUAGCCUCUCGGACACGCAGCUCACGUACUUCCACUCUUUCUCGAGGCUGGGUCUGGCCCGAGCGGCCGCCUCUCUGCAGGGGAACCCAAAGGAUCACAGCUGCAGGUACUUCCCCAUGGGUCAUCCGGUGUCAGUGCAUCUCUACUUCCAGGCAGACCAGUUCCAGGGCUACCUGGUGAAGCACCACGCCACCAACCUGGCAACGAGCAAACUGGAGACCAUGGAGACCUGGGUGGCUCCCAAGAAGAACUUUAGGCUAACCACGCCUGCCAGCAGCACAUUCAGCAGGUUGCAGCUUGCAGAGAUUGGCACUGAGUGGGAUGCCAAAGAGCGCAUGUUCAGAAACUUUGGCGGCCUGAUGGGCCCCAUGGACGAGACGGUGGGCAUGCAGAAGUGGAGCAAGGGGCCCAACGUCACCGUCACGGUCGUGUGGAUCGACCCCACCAACGUCAUCGCGGCCACCUAUGACAUCCUGAUCGACGCGGGGGCAGAGUUCACUCACUACCGCCCGCCGCUCAACCUGCCGCUGCGGCCCGGCGUGUGGAGCGUCCGCAUCCUGCACCACUGGAGCCCCGUGGCCGAGAUGCGCUUCCUCAUCGCCCCGCUGACCUACAGCAAGCGCCAGCCCAUACGACAAGAGGAUACUCUGAAGCUCCACAACGGGCCCACUAAGAACAGCUACAUGGAGCAGAGUUUCCACGGCCUCAACCCGGUGCUCAACAUCCCGGUCAGCCUGGGCUUCGUGGAGCAGGCCAAAAGGAACGCGGCCCUGACCGGCCCCGAGCUGGAGCGCUGGUCAGACAGCCUGGUGGGCGAGAUGUGGGAGGCGGCCGACGUCUGCGCCGUGGGCCCCACCGCCUGCCCCGUCAUGCAGGCCUGCCCUAAGAACCCCUGGAGUUCCCUGAGCCCAGACCCCAAGUCCCACAUGGGAGUGGCGCGCGAAGACGGGCGCAUCAGGUAGCAGCGAGGCCUCCAGCUGGACAGGAGGCCGCGGCGCAGGAGAUUCACUGUUGAUUUUUAUUUAUUUAAGGGGUUCGCUGCAGGUGGGGGAAGGAAACGUGAUCUCUGUCUCUGAAGGAGAGGGAAACAAAGGAAAAAGUGUAUUUUCUCGGGGGUUGGCGAGGGUGUCUGGACAGAAAGCGAAAGGAACGAUUUUCAGAUCCUCCCACGGGGUUCCUCCUUUUAGGGGAUUAUGCUGGCUUUGCUAUUUCAGUUUCUCAGUGUAUUUAUUUUUCUUCUCAUGGCUGAAUUUUACUGUGAUCAAACGUUGCAAUUUUCGAGCAUUUAUUUUUGCUGCUGAAUGAAUUAUGAAGUCAGCUUUUAAAGCCCUGCACGGGGCACAGUGGUCAUGUGACACUGGCAACAGACGAAGCUCUGCUGCAGAAAAAGACAUGCAUGAGGAGGAAGCCUAGUACUGAACUAAAUGUGCCUCCUUAAGUGUGUGUCAACAUAAACAAAAUGAGACAACAUCUGAGUGUUCAGAUUUACCCAAACAGUCGGAGAAGAUUAUUUUGAUACAACUCAAAUGCAGCACCAUUUAAGAUUAUAAAUGUCCCAUUUAUGGAGAAAUAUUUUAGCAUUUUCAAAGCAAAUUAAUUCAAAACUCAAGAGAUAGUUGGAUGACUUCAGUUUGUAAAUCAGUAGAACGGAUAAGUAACAGCAGCACAACUGCUCUCAGUUCAGUGGCUGAUCAGGAUGUGGAACUGCUGCAGUAACAUUUCGUUAAAAUAUGGAAAAAGAAGAAUGCAAAUAAAGAGGCCUUUUCAGAAUAAUGAAACCUAUUUGGAUUAUAAUAGAAAUCUAAUGUUAGUUUUAGUGUUGUAAAUUCAUAAAAGCUUCAUUUUUGUUCUUUGUACAAUAGCGUUUUAAGACUUCACAUUCACAUAGUUUCGGUUUAUUUUACUAAAAACCAACAGGUUGUUUUUUUCACCGACAUGCCUCCAACUGAAACACUCGAGCUGACCUUAAAUGAUCAUCCUCAUCUUUUUUUACUUUCUUCCACCUUAUGUUGUACAAGAUUAUACAAGUCUCAAAAAAAAUGUGUGAAUGAGGAAGGGGGGUUGGGUGAGUCCAUGAGUCGCUAUUUAUUUAUAAGUUUAUAUUAAUACUGAUAUUUUUAGUCAGUGACUAAAUAACUGCGACGCUGCCUUGGCAGCAUGAUAAUAUUUUUUGUAAAGAAAGCCGCCUUUAUUUACAAAGGCCCUAACCCCAAACUUGUACCUUUUUACGGCCCGCACCUGUGUGUUAGUCCAUGUUGUCCUGUCUGAAUAGAUCUCCUUGUCUUGGUUUCGUACAUGGCUGUUUGCCAAGAGAAAGACACUGACCUGCGGGGUCAGAGGUCAACUAUACCUAACAACCUCGGCAAGGGGAACAAACCUCACACACAUUGGACAGCGUCUGAGUCAAAGAAGAAACUUUGCAUUUUGGUGUUUCAUGGUUCAAGUCAGUUUCAGAAUGAUUGUGGUGAUCUUCAUGCUGUGACCAUAAUGUACAAUUUCAAGUGAAUAUUAUAUUGUAUUUGAUUGCAAAAUGCAUAAAUCCCUACAUGACCCAUCAACCCUUGUUCUGCCAUUGAGACAAUCUCCGGACAACAAUUUAUAACUCAUCCUGAACAACAGGUGCGCUCAGAUGUUUGUUUUUCUUUGAAAUAAGUUUCAUCUGGAGCCAAUUAGAGUUCAAUCUGUGAUUGUCAACAUUGUUUAGCCACCACACGGGCUAAGUGAGUGUUUCUGCACAGGCUAAUUAAGAGACAUUUCUGUUCAUUAAUGUCAAGUUCACCUUGCCUCUCUUGUCGGAUGUGUCGAAUGCUAUCACUCCUUCCCUCUUAACGCAUUAUGGGGUUUAAGAUGAAAAGGACAGUUUUAGUUUUUCACUGGUUGGCUUCUGCUGCCAGCUUUUAACUUAUCAUGCCUCCCUGUUCAGAACAACUACAUCACACAAUACAUAUUAUUAUGUAAGCUCAAUGACAGUUUUGGAAAAAGGUGAAUUAAAUAAAUGUAAGUCAAUGUGGAAGUCCUAUUUUGUAACAAAAUGAUUAACAAAUGAAGAUGUACAUAGGUAUUUUGUAUUGAAAUAUUGUUUUAAAAAAAAGGUAUUGUACAUGUAAAUACAGAUGUGGUUAAAAUUAAUUAUUAAGAAUUUCUGAAGUGUUAAUAACUGGGCACAAAGAGUAAAUUGAUGGUGUUUAUUGAUCAAAGUACAUAACCUGUUUCAGUGUUUUUUGGACAGCUGUGACAACAACCUUGUCCUUUUUGCCUCUCAGAGAAAAUCACAUGCCAGAUUGUUGUUGUUCUUGCUGGAAUGUAUUGUUGAGCAACUGUUGCACAAACUUCUUUGAACUGACGUUCCCCCCCCCCCCGUUAUCUUUUUCCGGGGAGGCUCUGUGUGCCUUAGCUGACUUUUAGUAUGUUCUCUGUCCAUUAAAAGAAGGAAAACCUUUUAUUAUGUUAUUUGUUUUUUGAUCUGAUGGGAAGAAUACCAUGAGUUUGUGGAGUGGUUCACUGGUACUGCAACACCAAAAAGAUGUCUGCUGAUGUAUAUAUCAUCAGGCCUUAUGUCUUUAUCAGCUUUUGUUUUUAUUUGUUUUGUUGUUCUUGACUGGCUUGUCUUACUUUUCUCUGACUGCUUUUUGGAAAUAAAAUU